AUGUAUAUAAAACAGGUUAUCAUUCAAGGCUUCCGAAGCUACAGGGACCAGACAGUGGUUGAGCCAUUUAGUUCAAAGCAUAAUGUUAUUGUUGGAAGAAAUGGAUCAGGCAAAAGUAAUUUCUUUUAUGCUAUCCAGUUUGUUCUGUCUGAUGAGUUCAAUCACAUGCGCCCAGAACAACGACAGGCACUCCUGCAUGAAGGCACAGGGCCACGAGUUAUCAGCGCCUUUGUGGAGAUCAUCUUCGACAACUCUGACAACAGAGUGCCGAUUGAGAAAGAUGAGGUUGUGUUAAGAAGGGUCAUUGGCUCCAAAAAAGAUCAGUAUUUUUUAGACAAGAAAAUGGUCACAAAAUCAGAUGUCAUGAAUUUGCUGGAAAGUGCUGGCUUUUCCAGAAGUAAUCCAUACUACAUAGUUAAGCAAGGAAAGAUCAAUCAAAUGGCUACAGCCCCAGAUUCUCAACGUUUGAAACUCCUUAGAGAGGUGGCUGGUACCAAAGUUUACGAUGAACGCAAGGAAGAGAGUAAUGCUAUUUUAACAGAAACAGAGGGCAAACGUGAAAAGAUCAACGACCUUCUGAAGUAUAUUGAGGAGCGACUGAGCACUUUAGAAGGAGAAAAAGAAGAGCUGAAAGAGUAUCAGAAGUGGGACAAAAUGAGACGAUCAUUAGAGUACACAAUCCAUGAUAACGAACUGAAAGACACUCGCAAAAAGCUGGAUGAACUUCAGUCCAAAAGAGACAACAGCAUUUUAAGCAAAGAUACAAUAAAUAAAGACCUCAAAGAGCUCAAAGCCAGAAUGCAGGUGGCUCUAGAAGAGAAGGAUAGCCUGUCUGCUGAAUACCAAGAUCUGACCAAGAAGAAUUCCAAGCUUGAGUUGAGCAUCCGAGAUAUUGUUGAAGACCAGCGAGGCAGCCAGAACAGUAUGCAAAAGAUUGAAGCUGAGUUGAUUAAAGUAAAUGAGAAGAUUAUAAAGACACAAGCACAGUACGAUUCUAUAUGUCUGGAAUAUCAAAACAAGCUUGACAAUGAAGAAAUGUGUUCUGCAAGACUUGCUGAGGCUGAUCAGAGAAGGAAGGAACUUUAUGCAAAACAAGGCAGAGGAAGUCAUUUUCAAUCUCGAGAUGAUAGAGACACGUGGAUCAAGAAAGAACUGAAGUCUCUUAACAAAGCAAUAAGAGAUAAAGAAGACCAGAUACGAAGAUUGCAGGAUGUACAACAGCAAGGUCAAGGGCAGACAACCAAUCUGCAAAAAGAGAUAGCUGAUCUGGAAAAAGAUCUGGAGAACAGAAAGGAAGUUAUUGAAGAAAACAACCGUAAGUUUGCAGAAAUGAAGGCAGACAAGGAUCUUCAACAAAACAAAAGAAACACUUUAUGGCGACAAGAGAAUACAUUACAACAACAGCUGACCACAACAACUGAAGAACUGAAUAAAAGGAUGCAAGCUCUGCGGUCCCUGACCGGGAAGGGAAUGUUGAAUGGAACUGACAGUAUACAGAAAGUCCUACAGUCCUUCCGUGAACAGGACAAAUACCCAGAAGUCAUUAAUGGAUAUUAUGGUCUCCUUAUUGAAGCCUUUGAGUGUGACAAAGUUUACUACACUUGUGUUGAAGUUACAGCUGGGUCUCGACUGUUUCACCACAUUGUAGACACAGAUCGCACAGGCACAAUAUUGCUGAAGGAAAUGAACAGAAUGCAUUUACCAGGAGAGGUUACAUUCAUGCCACUGAACCGGCUUGACAGCAGAGACACGUCAUAUCCAGCCACACAAGAAGCUGUGGCCAUGAUUAAGAAGCUCACAUACGAGCAGAGAUUUGAUCCUGCCAUGAAACAUGUAUUUGGGAAAACACUGAUUGCCAGGAGCAUGGAAGUGGCAACCCAGUUUGCUCGUACACAGAACCUUGAUUGCAUCACUUUAGAAGGUGACCAGGUCAGCCGGAGAGGAGCUCUUACUGGUGGCUAUUACGACACCCGGUGGUCCAGGCUGGAUCUGCAGAAGGGGAAAAUGGAACUGGCAGCUGCUAAACUGCAACAGGAAACUGAGUAUCAAAGCCAUAGGGUGGAGCUAGAGAAAAUGGAACAGUACAUUACCAAUCUGCUGUCAGAGAUGCAGAAAUUAGAGACUAGAAAUAGCAAAAACAAAGAUGCGUUUGAGAAAGUUCAAACAGAUCUAAGGAUGAAGAAAGAAGAAUUAUCCACGCUGCAAACCACACAGCCAUCUAGGGUAAAAAGUGUUGCAAGUUUAGAGUCCAGUUUACAGGCUAUGAAAGGGCAGGCAGAUGCGCUGAAAGAAGAGCUCGGCACAGAACUUCAGUCUCAACUCACCGUGGAGGACCAGCGGCAGGUUGAUGUGCUCAAUGAUCAGAUAAAUAAACUCACCCAAGAAAACAGAGCUGCCUGGCAGGAAAGAAUAAAAUUGGAAGCGGAGAAGAACAAGCUAGAGAAUAUUCUAAACAACAACCUAACAAAGAAGCGAGAAAGACUACAGCAGGAACUGAGAGAAGUUAGUCUGGAGGAGCAGGACAAAAGACUCACCAAUUAUAGGACUGAAAAGAUCGAGGUAGAGAAACGUAUGGCUGAGCUUGAAACAAGCAUGGCAGAAAUAGAUACAAGCAUUGAAAAACUCAACAAAGAACAGAAGCAGCUCCAAACCCAACUAGAAUUGUGGAGGGGAAAAGAGAAAGAUAUACAGGAUAAGAUAGGUGAUGAUUCUAAAGAGCUGGAUAAAAUCUCACAAAAGCAAAGUUUACUCAUUAAAAAGAAAGACGAAUGCAUGCAGAAAAUCAGAGAACUUGGUUCCUUGCCUUCAGAUGCUUUUGAGAAAUACCAGAAUUUGUCAUUAAAACAGCUGUUCAAGAAGUUGGAAAGUUGCAAUCAGCAGCUGAAGAAAUACAACCAUGUCAAUAAGAAAGCCCUGGACCAGUUUGUCAGUUUUUCAGAACAGAAGGAAAAGUUGAUGAAAAGAAAAGAGGAACUGGACAGUGCACAACAGUCGAUCAUAGAUCUGAUGAAUGCUUUAGACCACAGAAAGUACGAGGCUAUACAACUGACAUUCAAGCAGGUGUCUCGGUAUUUUAGUGAAAUCUUCAAAAAGUUAGUACCUCAAGGUCAUGGGGUGCUUGUGAUGAAGAAAGGAGAGAUAGAAGGAGAUGGUGCAGAAGCAGAUGUCCCACUAGUUGAGCAGUUCACAGGUGUGGGAAUCAAGGUUUCCUUUGUUGGCAACAAGGCAGAGAUGCGAGACAUGCAGCAACUUUCUGGCGGCCAGAAGUCUCUGGUAGCACUCACCUUGAUCUUUGCCAUUCAGAAAUGUGACCCAGCCCCCUUCUACCUCUUUGAUGAAAUUGACCAAGCUCUUGACUCCACACACAGAAAGGCUGUUGCAGAUAUGAUCCACGAGCUGGCCCAGGAAGCUCAGUUUAUCACCACUACCUUUAGACCAGAGUUGCUUCAGCAUGCGGACAAGUUUUAUGGUGUCAAGUUCAGAAACAAGGUGAGCCACGUGGAGUGUGUUACCAGAGAGGAAGCUGAGGAUUUUGUUGAAGACGAUGCAACCCAUGGAUAA